AUGACGGAUGCAACUACUGUUCUAGAUGAGCUUGUCAAAGCUAAGGAAAGUAUUAAACGUAAAUAUAUCGCAUUAAAAACAGGCUCGGAUAAUGUUCAACAACUAAUGACACAGACAUUAAAACCAAUAAUCGAUCCAUUAACUAAAAUAUCGAAUAAACCUCGAUUAAACAAAGAAAAUAUUAACGUCAGCUCGAAAAACUCAUUUGCAGACGACUAUCAACAGGAAAUUGAAAAUUGGCUACAGUCUACAGACUUGGAUAAAAUAUACGGUCCGAAAAAACUUCCAAAUGGCCAUAUUAUAUUGGGCGAUAAAGAAAUGUCUAAACGGGAAAUCGCUAACGAACUUCAUAAACCAGCAAGGAAAAAUUUCACUAGGCGUCGAGUUAACGUCUAUGGAAAAAAUGAUUUAUGGCAAGCUGACUUGGUUGAAAUGAUACCAUAUUCAAAAGUAAAUGGUGGUUACAAAUACAUCCUGGUUGUAAUUGACUGUUUUACGAAAUUUUCUUGGGCGAAACCGUUAAAGUCUAAGACAGGUAAAGAAGUUACUAGCGCGAUGGCUACAAUAUUAGUCGAACGUUCACCAAAACUUUUACAACUCGAUAACGGAAAAGAAUUUUACAACACCACUUUUGACGCUUUGAUGAGCAAGUAUGGCAUACACAAAUAUUCAACUUUCAGUAUUCUAAAGGCUAGCAUCGCAGAAAGGAUGAAUCGUACUUUGAAAGGGAGAAUGUAUAAGGAGUUUACUGCACGUGGCUCUCGCGAAUGGGUUUCAAUUCUACCAAAGUUGCUCGACGAAUACAAUAAUUCACCACACAGGACGAUAGGAAUGACACCAAUACAAGCAGAUUCCGACCCCGCCUCAGUGGUAAUAAAACAGCGUAAAAUUAAUAAUGAAAAAAUUAAAUUCAAAGUCGGUGAUAAAGUUCGUAUAAGCACACAGAAAGGCGUAUUUACAAAAGGUUAUUUACCAAACUGGUCUACGGAAAUAUUCGAGAUUAUCAAAAUAAAUAAAACAUUGCCCGCUACUUAUCAGUUGCAAGAUUAUAUGAGUAACCCUAUUGCCGGUUGUUUUUAUUCUUCGGAAAUAAGCAAGACCGAUUUCCCAAACGAAUAUUUAAUCGAGAAAAUUAUUCGCAAAAAGGGCGAUCAAAUGUACGUCAAGUGGCUAGGAUUCGAUAAUAUACAUAAUAGUUGGAUAAAUACACGUGAUGUUAAAAAAUAG